AUGUUGGACCAGGUGGAGUGUGGGAAGGAGGGGAAUGGGAUCUGUCCUAUCCUCACUGGGUCUUGGGCAGAGGUGGUGUUGACUCAGCCCCGCUCUGUGUCGGGGUCUCUGGAGCAGAAGGUCACUAUCUCUUGCACCCGCAGCAGUGGUAACAUUGGGAGUUACUAUGUGCACAGCACCCGGGCAGUGCACCCACCACCUGUUGCCUACCUGACCAUCUCUGGGCUGCAGCCUGAGGACAAGGCCAACUACUACUGUCAGUCUGGUUAUGACAGCAACAAGGACACAGCGCUCCAGACCCAUGGAGAAGGCUGGGGCUGUUUGCUGGUGGAGACUCAGCUGCUGUGUCCUCUCUGGGCUGGGCAGGGUCUCCUGCUCAAUGAACCAAGUGCAGACCUCAGCUGGUCCUCAGGGUGGAACAGAGGUCUCCGGUGUGGGAAACAAAUUUACAUGAGUAGCGCCUCCUCCCUGAGGCCACUGAAGGAGAUAAGAGAUGUCUGGGCAGCCCAGCUCCAGUUCAGGUGUCUCAGGAGGGCUGCGUUCACCAUGGCCUGGACUCCUCUCCUCCUCAUGCUCCUGUCUCACUGCACAGGUGCCCUCUCCCAGCCUGUGCUGACUCAGCCAUCCUCCCUCUCCUCAUAUCUGGGAGCAUCAGCCAGACUCACCUGCACCCUGAACAGUGGCUUCAAUGUUGGUAAUUUCUGGAUACGUUGGUACCAGCAGAAGCCAGGGAACCCUCCCAGGUAUCUUCUUACUUUCCACUCAGAUUCAGACAAGCACCAGGGCUCUGGAGUCCCCAGCAGAUUGUCUGGAUCCAAUGAUGCAUCAACUAAUGCUGGAACUUUGCUCAUCUCUGGACUCCAGCCUGAGGACGAGGCCGACUAUUACUGUGCUACAUAUCACGGCAACUCAAAGGCUUUCACAGUGCUCCAGACCAUGGGGAAGUGA